GUCUUCCCCGGCGUUACCCUCUCUGAGAGGUGAGGUCGUAACCCUAGCCUCCGUUACCUUACAGGGAGAUUUCACUGAUAGAAGAAAGACAGAGCGAGCGCGAGAUAGAGGGAGAGAGGGUCGGCUGCUACCUGCGGGGAAUUUGGGAAGGCAAACUUGAACAGAGUUUUAUUCUCUGUUUCUCCCGUGCUGGUUUGGAAGUUCUCAAAUUGUCCACCGACAUAAGCUUCACAUUCAGCAACAAUGGGAAAGCCAGGCGCCAGGUCAGAUUUGCCAUCGAAAGCCGACCGCAAGUUCGAGAAGAAACUCGAGUUCUAUUCCAAGGUUAGAGAUACUGUUGCUUCUCUGACUGCCACGAAAUCCAUUACCAAGAAGAAGAAACUCAGGAGCCGGCAAAAGAAGCUGAGAGCCUAUGACCUCUCCACGCUCUCAGAGUCCCUUCCCGAGCUGAAGGGACCGAAGCGGCCACCUCCUACACCUAAGUUUAAGCUGAAUUGCAAGUCCAGGACAGAACUAGUGGUGAAUGAGUCCAAGAGGUUGAAGGAAGUUCUUAGUGAUCGAGCUUACCAGGAGGACCCGUUGGGCUAUAUUUAUCAACAUUUGCAGAGGACACUACCAAUAACAGAGGAGAAACCAAAGAAUAACUCUAACAAGGAUGGAGGGAAGAAGAAGAAGAAGAAGAAGAAGAAGAAGAAGGCCAAGGCGUCGGGUGCCCCUACAUCUAUGGAUAUCUGAUUGAAGAGAUAAGAGUAGACAAUUUUGGUGUUACAAAUGUUGUCUUUUCGGUUGUUCAAAGUGAACGCGGACCUACAUCGAGGGAUAGGAUUUCAUGUAAAUGUGUGAAACAAUUGAUAACAGUAAUUUAAUUCAUGGGACGAGAAAAGAAUAA